UCAAAAUAUUAAACCGAAAUUAAUAGUAAACAUUUUUUUUUAUAUUAUUUAUUAGUUCAGAAAAAAAAAAAUGUCGGACUUGAAUCAAAUUGAAUCUGAUGAUGCAUCAAGUAUAGACAGUUCAAAUACUGACUUAACUUCACGAAGUCAUGAACCAGCUAGACGUGGGAGAAAAACUAAAUCCAAACCAUCCAAUAAUACCAAAAAUGUUAAGCUUCAAUAUAAAUUUUCAUGUGCAUUAAGGGAAGAUCAUGGACAAUCCCUAUUCGGUGUUCAGUUCAACCAUUUAUUAAAUGAUGACCAACCAUUGAUAUUUGCAUCCGUUGGUAGUAAUAGAGUUUCAGUUUACCAGUGUUUAGAUGAUGGAAGUAUAAAUUUAUUACAAAGUUAUGCAGAUCCAGAUGCAAAUGAAACAUUUUAUACUUGUGCUUGGUCUGUUGAUGAAAAUGGUAAACCACUUUUAGCUAUUGCUGGAAAUCGGGGCAUCAUACGUAUUUUGAGUCCAGCGACUAUGUCAUCAAUUCGGCAUUAUAUUGGUCAUGGACAAGCAAUUAAUGAAUUACAGUUCCAUCCAAUUGAUACCAAUAUGUUAUUAUCAGUAUCUAAAGAUCAUACUUUACGUUUAUGGAAUAUCAAAAGUGAUGUAUGUAUUGUUAUUUUUGGUGGAGCUGAAGGCCAUAGAGAUGAAGUUCUCUCAGCAGAUUUCAACAUUGAUGGUAAUCGUAUCAUGUCUUGUGGUAUGGACCACUCAUUAAAACUAUGGAGUUUAGACAAAGACUAUAUUCAAGACGCUAUUAAACAAUCUUAUUCUUUUAAUCCAAAUAGAUCAGCUCGUCCUUUUGAUACUAUUAAAGAACAUUUCCCUGUGUUUUCAACUCGUGAUAUACAUAGAAAUUAUGUUGAUUGUGUUCGAUGGAUUGGUGAUUAUGUCAUUUCCAAAUCGUGUGAAAAUUGUAUGGUUUGUUGGAAACCAGGUCAUUUAAAAGAUACUGAACUUAAACCUAAUGAAGCCGCCGUGUCACAAAUAUGGUACUCAGAUUUUAAGGACUGUGAUGUAUGGUUUAUUCGUUUUUCCAUGGAUUUUUCUCAAAAAAUAUUAGCAUUGGGUAAUACCAUUGGAAAAAUUUAUGUUUGGGAUUUGACUUCGAAUGACCAAGCAUCAAUGCGUGUUACUACCUUAGCUCAUCCUAAAUGUAAUACAGUCAUACGUCAAACUACAUUUAGUCGCGAUGGAAAUAUUUUGAUUUGUGUAUGUGACGAUGGUACUAUUUGGCGAUGGGAUCGAUUACAAAAUGUAUGAAAAAAGGUUUUAUUAUAAAACCAAUAUUUGGUUUCCAUUUUUUCCUUAAUGUAUUUUACGUUU